CAGCGGUGGCAGUACUGUUGUAAUUGACUUGGUGGGGGUGAUGGCGUCAUUUUAUGCCCUGGUGUAGCCUCCUGCUCCAAUAGCGAAGGGGAGACGGAUCUUUGGCCGACGCGACCGUGGCUCCCUUGGCCGGGAUCGAGCACCGCCGAGCCGGACAAUUCACCCCGGGAAACAUGGAGGCUGUGGCCGAGGAGCUGCGGGCCGGCUCUCGGGUACCUGUCACUAUCGAUCAAGUAGUUAACGAUACACUGGUGGUGACGCUGACCUAUCGAGAAACGAGCUACACGGGGAUAUUACUCGAUUGCAACAAAAAGACUGGGCUAUUUUGUCUACCAGAUUUCACAGCAAAACUCGGGGACUGCCCAGUAUCUAAACCGGCUUGUGAAAUCCCAGAAGUUCUGAGUGAGGAGCCGGUUCCCACCUCUCCCAGCCAGGCUUCACACAGACCAAAGGAUGAAAACACUCUCCCUGAAAGCAGCAUACCUACUGCACCUCCACCCUGCCCCGUACCCACACCAGUGCCAGCUGGACAGACUCCUUAUCCUCCUUAUUUUGAAGGAGCCCCCUUCCCUCAGCCCUUAUGGGUGCGCCACACCUACAGCCAAUGGGUACCUCAGCCUCCUCCACGACCAAUCAAGAGAAAGAAGAGGCGGACGCGAGAGCCUGGCCGUAUGACCAUGAGUACUAUCCGUCUGCGGCCGCGGCAGGUACUAUGUGAAAAGUGCAAAAACACACUUAAUAGUGACGAGGACAGCAAAGACGGCAUGAGCAACACCAAGACUUCUAGAAAAGAGAAUGCGCUACAGAGUGACGACGAGGGCGAUGACAAGGACUCCUCAUCUAAGUUGUCGAGAAAAGAGGAUGUAGUUGCAUCUAAGGACACUAAAAGGCGGGAAAAUGGCCCCAGCCUUGACAGUAAGCGCCUCAGAAAGGACAAAAGGGGUGAGACUGAUGGGGAGAAAUAUCCUGGAGGUGAUGUUAUCCCCCACAGUCCUGUCAUAAAGAUCUCCUAUAGCACUCCACAGGGCAAGGGGGAGGUCAUGAAGAUCCCCUCACGAGUCCACGGUUCAGUCAAGCCAUUCUGCCCCAAACAACUGGUGCAGAAUGGCGUGGGAGAAAAUGGCAAGACGCCUUCAGAUCCCACCAAGGAACAGCGGCACAUUUUAGAUGCCACAAGGUCUGGCCUCACUGUGUCCAUUCCCAAACUCAAACUAACUAGGCCUUUUGCAACCGUGGGUCAGGACUCAACUUCUCCAAAGAUCCGCUUGAGAACCCCUCAAAGAGAGGGUGAGGAAAGCAUGGUUGAGUAUGAGGCAGAACUUGUUGGGGGCACUAGGAGACGAAGCCCCAGAGCGCCCGGUCCAUGUCUCCCCCACUCUGAAGACUCAGGAGAAGGCAAAAACUCUUUGGAGUUGUGGUCAGGGAGUUCUGGGGAGGAGGCUGAGCGCGGCCACAGCGACCUCACGCUUCUCAUCAAUUUCCGAAAGCGUAAAGCGGAUUCUUCCAGCCUGUCGGUCUGCAGCAGCGACAGUCUAGACGAGUCCAAGUCCUUCAGCUCCGACGGCACCUCACCUGAGCUGUGCGACCUGGCACCUGGCGAGGACCUCUCCGUGACCUCGUCUUCUGUACCUUCACGGGACGACUGCAAGACGGUGCCGCCGCUCACGGUGCGGCUUCACACCCGCAGCAUGACAAAGUGCGUAACGGAGGAGGGUCACGCUGUGGCGGUGGGUGACAUUGUGUGGGGGAAGAUCCACGGCUUCCCCUGGUGGCCCGCGCGCGUCCUCAGCAUCAGCGGCACGCGCAAACAGGAGACGGCCAGCUGCGAGGCCCAGUGGCCCCAAGCGAAGGUGGCGUGGUUCGGUUCACCCACCACCUCCCAGCUGUCUGUUGCCAAACUGUCGCCCUUCAGGGAGCUCUUCAGGUCCCGCUUCAACCGUAAGAAGAAAGGGAUGUACCGGAGAGCCAUCCUGGAGGCAGCCAAGGCUGUGGGUCACAUGGGCCCGGAGAUUACAUCGCUGCUAUCUCACUGCGACACAGGCUGAGGACUGAAGAGAGGUCUCCGAGGUUUUUCUGAAUUCUCAGACUCUGUCAUCAAGACCCAGGAGGGAGUACGUGCGGUUGCCACGGCUACUAUUUAUAUGCCGUUUUUUU